AUGUCCAACAUCACUCCACGCCGCUCAAACGGAACUGAGGCGCGCGCCGGGACCGAGCAACGGGCCAUCGAGAGCAAGCAAUCGGCAAUCCGGAGUAAGCCACGCCUCAUCCAGAGCAAGCCACGCCUCAUCCAGAGCAAGCAACGCCCCAUCCAGAGCAAGCAACGUCCCGUCCAGAGCAAGCAACGUCCCGUCCAAGGCAAGCAAUGCGGCAUCGAGAACGGGCAGUUCGUCAACACAACUGCGGUCGUGUACACACUCAACGGCGUCGACAGCAACACGGACACGCUGAUCAAAACCCUCCAGUCGACGGCAGCCACGCUCACCAAGACGCCGUACACGGGCCCCGACGCCGCGGCCAUCGGCUCCCAGCUCCAGAACUUUUUCAACGUCCAGCUCGAGCUGCUCAACCUGUUGUUGACCAAGGCCUACGUCGUAUACAACGCUCCAUACGUCAGCCGGUCCUUCACCAUAGUGCUGCAGGCUCUCAAGUCGUCCGUCGAUAGCUUGGGCAUCUACCUCAACGACAGCGUCGAGCCCGGCACGGCCGUGCAGAUAAGUAGCAAUCUGGGCACGCUAGACGCGCAGUACUCUGCCGUUAUUCCGCUGUUUCUCGCAUCGGGGGUUGAGCGGGAGCUGAAUAGGGGCGAAGAGGAUGAGAGAGAAUGCAGAAACAGUACCGUAUAA